GUAACGUCUAGGACAACAAUCUACAAACAAGUGGGAUGGCAGUUUGGAAUAGGAAAAAGAAACAGCAGCAGGAGAGCAAUGGGGAAGUGGACGAUCAGGGCAAAGAGAAGAAGGGAAACUGGCGCAGACCAGCAAACACCGCAUUCAAACAACAACGGCUGAAAGCCUGGCAGCCAAUCCUCACCCCACGCACCGUCCUCCCAACACUCUUCAUCAUAGGCCUCAUCUUCGCCCCCAUCGGCGGGCUGCUCAUCUGGGGUUCAAACCUCAUCACCGAGCUCACGCUAGACUAUACGCAAUGCGAUACCGCCAGCUCGUCGUUCAGCAGCCUCCCGAGCUUCACGUACAAGCUCCGCUCAGCAGACGCAGGCGCGUCCUUCAGCCCUCCCCAAUGGUCUUUCGUCCCUGCGCCGCAAGGCGCAGAGGGAGAGCAAGGAACAUGCACGAUCCAGUUCGACGUGCCGGCAGAUAUGGGCCCAAGCGUGUUCGUCUACUACAAACUUACAAACUUCUUCCAGAACCACAGGCGGUACGUCAAGUCCCUCGACAGCAACCAGCUGCAGGGCAAAGCGCCCGAUGCGAACGCACUGAGCAAGGGCAACUGUUCCCCCUUGGACUCGAUCAACGGGAUCCCGAUCUACCCGUGUGGGCUGAUCGCCAACAGCAUAUAUAACGACACGAUCGGGAACUUCACCCCCGUUUCUGCCGGCACAGAGGUUUACAACUUUACAAGCAGCGGGAUCGCCUGGCCUGGCGAAGCGAAGAAGUACGUCUCCAACCCUGGGUACGCGAACCUCUCCCUCGUGUCCCCCCCGCCAAACUGGCACGCAAAGUACGGAGAUAGGUACAACGCGAGCAGUUUCCCCGAUUUGCAGGCGGACGAGCAUUUCCAGGUGUGGAUGCGCACUGCUGGCUUGCCGACGUUUACCAAGCUGUAUGGGAGGAACGAUUCCUCUGUGUUGCCAAAAGGCCGGUAUCAGGUCGUAGUAGGAAUGAACUUCCCAGUAGAGAUGUUCGGCGGUACAAAGUCAAUCGUAAUCAGCACCGUCUCCUGGGUCGGAGGGAAAAACUCCUUCCUAGGCUGGGCAUACGUCGGCACCGCAGCGCUCUUUGUAGCCCUGGCACUGGUGGGGCUUGGUUGGCAUUGUGUAAAACCGAGGAGGUUGGGGGACAUGAGUUUGUUGAGUUGGAACCAGGGGGGGCGUUGACCGCUAACGGGGCGGGCGGGGCGCGUCAGCGGCGCGAGAGUGUGAGCGCGAGUUGGGUGCAGCUGGGAGUCGAGCGUUACGUGGGCGUGGGCGUGGACGCGGACGCGGACGCUGGGGGAAAGGAGUGUAUUCCUACAACUGUCGAUUUCUAUAUUA